CGGGCUCCCGCCUCCCUGAGCCCGCCCGGAGGCUGGGGCUCGGAGGAUGCAGCAGGAAGCGAGAACCGCAUGCAGAACAGCGGCACCUACAUGGGCGUUUCUGCCAUCGCCGUUCCGGAAAGCCUGGGCUGACUAAUUGAGAAAAUGCAGAAGAUCUUGCAGACAGAUGACAUCACCGACAACCAAGUUCUUAGAAAAAGAAAGAGGAAACGGACAGAGACAGCAAACUCAGAAAAUGCGAAUAGUGCUCUGGAGAAAGCACAGAGAGACCCAUAUUCAGGAAAUGCUUUCCUGCCUGGGGAGAGUUCCAGCGAUGAGGAAACUCCCUUAAUGGAACUGUCCAAGGAGGAACUUUGUAACAAAAUCGAAAGCCUGAAAGAAAAACUAAGAAGCAUCCGGAAGGAAAACAGCCGGCUUCGACAGUCUUUGGUCAUGCUGCAAGUGUUACCUCAGGCAGUCACACAGUUUGAAGAACUGGUUGGAAUGGCAGAGACCCUCCUUAAGAGUGGAGGAGCCGUGUCCACACCAGCGUCUACUCUCUGGAGAGCAACAAACAACUCCUCCCCAGAUUCGUUUGCCUCUCUGUGCAGUAAUUCCAACUCUACUUCCAGCUCCCCAAGUUCCGUGAAGGCUGAGGAAGAGCAGCAUCCUGGUGAGAAGCAGUUCACGAUUGAGAGAUGGCAGAUUGCCCGUUGUAAUAAGAGCAAGCCUCAGAAAUUUAUUAAUGAUUUAAUGCAAGUACUUUACACGAAUGAGUACAUGGCCACACACAGUCUGACGGGGGCAAAAUCCUCCACUUCAAGGGACAAGGUUGUCAAACCAGCUAUGAAUCAGAAUGAAGUUCAAGAAAUCAUAGGAGUAACGAAGCAGGUGUUUCCCAGUGCGGAUGACGUCUCAAUCAGACGGAUGAUAGGACAGAAGCUGAACAACUGCACGAAGAAGCCGAACGCGAGCAAAGCUCCGAACUCUCAGGAUGGUAUCUUAAAAUAAAACAUGCUUGGUUUUCCGUCAAACAUUGGAAUUUGCUGGAGAACUUGAGACACAUCAAGGACUGGCUGUAGUAGCCAUGGCUUUCCUGGUGGAGUAAUGGACUGGCUGAAGCUGCAUGCAGAGCCCUUACUAAUUAACCAGAGAAUGUCUGUCAAACAAGCAUGCAAUAUGGUUUCUUUGGAAAUAUGCAUCUUUCACAGCCCCGAAUACUUCCCUGUAAACUAACUUAAGAUGAUAUCAGCUCUUGUCAUAGCAACACAAACAUCCACCCUCCAGAUCAGUCGUUGUCUUCAACAAACACUUCAAAUUAUUACUAUCAGUGACUCCUCAUUAUGGCUUUUGUUUGGUGGGGAGGGGCUUUAGCAAGCUCCUGUUUGGUAAGAAUACAAUUGAAAUAAUACACGUCUACCAAUACCAUGGCUAACCAAGUAAUGAUGACUUAACGUUAAACCGUUUGAGUUAUUCUGUGAUCCAAAAAUGUGUGAAAUAGGAUUCUAGAAAAAAACCAAAAACAUAAAUGCCUUUUCCGUAUUCAGUUAUCCCAACAUGCCCCUGAAAGUCUAAAAUCCCAUCUUUGUUUGUUAAUUCCAUGCGCUGAUUUUUAUAAUAGUCUCUUAGUCUAUGAGGAAGACACACCCCUCGGUAUCCAUUGUCCAGAACAUACUAGAUUCAGAUGUGUAAUAGUAGAUAAAUCACCUAAAGCGCACGUAGGACAUGAUAUCGUGCCUGGUCAGCCAUGAUGCUAAACUGCUUAAUUUUGACCUGUUUAUUUCCACUGUAGCAGAAGGAAAAUUAACUGGAAUAAAAAUACCAAUUUAACUAUGGCAUGGAAAAUGCCAUUUUGUAAAUCAACAAAAAAUAAAACAUUCUUCAAAGACUUCUCACUUCAUAAAAGGUCCCCUGACUACUUUGCAAUGAGAAGCUAUGCCUUUCUCUUUUUCUCCCCACGCCUUCCUUUCCCCUCUGAGACAGGGCUUCUCUGUGUAACCCUGGUUAUCCUGGAGCUCACUCUGUAGACCAGGCAGGGCUCACACUCAGAGAUCCACCUGCCUCUGCCUCCAAAGUUCUGGGAUUAAUGGUGUGCAUCACCAUGCCCAGCAAACCUCUGCUUCUUGAGUGUGUAACGUGACAUUGAAGCUUGGGAAGGAGGAUUUUAAAGUGCAGUGCAGGGGACCCAGGGACUACACUGUACAGGCUGCUUGGUUAAUAGUUCAGUUGUACAAAACAAAUACUCACAAUGAAGUGAAUUGUGUGACAUUUGCUACUUUUAAUUAAAUAAAAUUUAACUCCAUUGAAAACUAA